AUGUCCCUUUUUCAGACUAAUGACCGUUACCUGGACCUUAACUUAGCUAUCGUAAUUGACGUCGUUAACACUUGUUGCCAAUACGCGACUAAUUGGACGAAGACCGGUAGCGAUUACGGAACAGGUAAAUCUGUACACACGCGUGAUGACCGAAGAAUUACCGUUGAACAGUCCAAAGUCCAAAGAUUAGACGCGGCGACGGCGACGAAGACGCCCAACAGUAUUUAUCGUAAAAGCAAAAUAAACGUGAAUUCAAGGUUGACUGGUAUAUUUCGUUGUGCUAUGAUAAACUUGUUACACUCAGGAAUCGAUGCAGAAUUGAACCUUGUACGACGUGACCAAAUGUAA